GGUGGGUGGUGGUGCAUGGCGUUCUUAGUUGGUGGAGUGAUCUGUCUGGUUAAUUCCGAUAACGAACGAGACUCUAGCCUGCUAAAUAGUCGACGGGUCUCUCGCCCAGCCUUCGCCUCGGGCGUGGGCUCGGGUUCCCCUAAACCCGGCCGUCGCGCGGCCUCCGCCGUCGGUUGGUUAGCGCCGCCGGCGCGCGCCCCGCGGCGCCGGAAACUGGCGUCCGCUUCGUACAGGUCUGUGAUGCCCUUAGAUGUUCUGGGCCGCACGCGCGCUACAAUGGAGAGUUCAGCGACUGUCCCUGCUCCGAGAGGAGCGGGUAACCUCGUGAAAGCUGUCCUUAAAGGGGAUUGGGGCUUGCAAAUGUUCCCCAUGAACGAGGAAUUCCCAGUAGGCGCAAUUCACCAGAUUGCGCCGAUUUAGUCCCUGCCCUUUGUACACACCGCCCGUCGCUACUACCGAUUGAAUGGUCUAGUGAGGGCACCGGACUGGCGCCCUUGGAGCCGCUACCGCCGCCUCGGCGG